AUGGCGCCCGUUAACGCCACUGAUAAUUCCGGCACCGACUCCAGCAAACGCGAUGCCCUCAAGCGCGCCGAGCAAUGGAUGACCAAGGGAGGGAUAAUCCGGGACGAUUCCGACGACGAACUGGGUCAGGAGGACCAUCCGUGGGAAUGGAUAUAUGAGGCUGAGUCCGGCGAGAAUGGCAAGCUUGAAACUAUACCGGAGGAACCUGAGAAAACACCCAAGUCGGCUCGGAGGCGCUCUUCCCGGCAAACUCGACAGAGGAUUGUCGGAGCUCGGAUGGGGACUUUCGUUUGCAAAAUAGGCGAGGUGAUUCUGCUCAAGUCUCCGGAACCUGGAAAGGACUGGGUCGGUAUAAUCACGGAAUUUCUUGAGGAAGAGGAUGAAGAAGAUCAGGAAAUCAUCAAGUGCGCAAACAUAAUGUGGUUUGCCUCCCCGGACGAAUUCAUCUCGACGAGAAACAAGCGGAGGGCGGAUGCGUUGCCGAACGAGCAGUACCUCACGACCGACUUCAAUGUCAAUCCCUUGACCUCGAUAAAUGGAAAAGCCCAAGUCAUGUCAAAGGAUGCCUUCUUCUCCCGAUACCCGGACGGUGCUCCCCCGAAGUCGAAGCAAGAAUUGGCGGAAUACAAUAAGUGCAUUGUUUGUCGGAGAGGUGUCAACCAAGUUCAAGGGCGAUACACGGAAGAGAUGGCUUGA